AUGCCGUGCAUCCUCAAGGUCAGGAUAUCAGGCAUACGGGACUUUAAUGCCUUUGAAAAAUCAGAAGCUGAUUCGCUUAAAUAUGUUGAAGUCACCCUGGGAGAAACAAAGCAAAGGACGAAAUUCAAUAUUAAUAGACAUACGAAUGACCUGAACUUGUCCUUUCGGCUGGAAAUCGCUGAUGACUCUGAGCUGCAGACCUGCCCACUGAAGAUAACGAUUGACGAUGUUGAAAAUAUAAACAGCGGAUACAUUCAAAUAGACUUUAGUUUCUUCUAUUUUCACGACAAUUUGAAGCUUGAGGGAUGGUUCCCCCUGUACGACUCAUUAACCGGACUCAAAGGCGAACUUUACUGUACCAUGAAAUGGGAAUUCUUUGAAGAAAAAAAUCCCUACAAUGAUAACAGCGCAGAUGUCUUACUCCUGGGGACAACGUCCUUUCCGAAGAAUUCUCCCUACUACAUUGAACAAAUAAUAAACUUUGCACACGAACUUAAAAUAGUUAACGACCCGGAAUAUGACUGGAAAGACUUGAUAAGAUCAAACAGAAACUCGAAUGAGGCAAGAUGUGACAUCAUACAGAACUCCUUCAUGCAAACGAGAAAAAUCAUAGGAAAAAAGGCUAAAUUGCUAGGUGGGAACGCAAUCUUGGGCUACCAAGAGCAUCUGAACUUGGAGGGAAGUACAACAAACAAGAUUUGCAUUCGAAUCAUAGGAACAGUCGUGAAGCUAGCCAUUAGGAAUAUGAAUGAUCCAAAUUACAUGAAUCUUUGUGAAAAUCGAAACAUAAAAAAUAUACUUCGAAGCAAUGAACUUCUGCGUCAGAAUAGCAUAGAAAAAAAUAAAGACAUAAAAUUAAACAAACGUGAAAGCACACUCCUUAACUCUACUUUCAAUUUUGUCGAUGUUAUUUUGCUGACUGUGGACACCCUUCCACAUAUCAUAAAGUACACAUAUGGAGGGCUUGUAGCUGCCAAAGCCGUUAAGGUUUUGCACCAGCGCCUGACAGAGGAACACCGGGAUGAGUGGUUCCUUGAGAUAAGGGAUGAAAUCAAAUCGAAUGCAAAGUUUUUAUCGUGCAACGUUAUUUUAGGCUACAAAGAAGAUACUUACAUUUACAAUGAUGUAAUAAUUCUGUUUUGCUAUGGGACUGCCAUAAAUGUGAUGUCUUCAUUUUUCCAAGAUGAUAAAAUUGUUUUCUAUGUUAAUCACGAGAAGAAUAAGAAACAUUCGUAUAGGGGUUCCCCCUCGAGUUCCCAGAAAAAUUUAAGUUGUGUUUAUUUACAUUACGCGUCUGAUGAUAUUGAAAAGAAUACAUCCAUUUGCAGGGUUUGUAAUGAGGCAUGUGUUCCAAAAAUCCUCAUUUCCUCCUCAGGUGUCCCACAAAAUAUGGCUGUUAUUGGAAAUGGCUUCCUCAUUUCCGCCUUUGUAGUGUACCCACUGAAGAAAAAUUAUGGAGAAUAUCUCGCAGCAGAAAUAAGCGAGAUUUUUCCAUUCCUGGAAUUGAACCUACACAAACAAAUAAUCUGCAAGCUGUUGGUUAACGGGUUCAAUAGCAUAUUCGAUUACAACUUGAAAUUAUGCUUCAACCAGAACUACCUAUUUGGCUAUUGUUACGGCACAGGAAUAUGCAUCUAUGGUAUUUAUUCAGAAAACAAGUUUUUAAUAAAAUCAAAUUAUAAGGACAAUUUUUAUAUAAGAAAUAAAAGUAUAAGUGCAAGGGAAUUGAAAAUAAUUUAUGAUAAUAUAAAUUAUAGAUCUUUUUUCUGCAAAAAUAAAAGUCUUCUUUCACCAGUGUUUGUUCAAGGUGAUAUUGUGUACCAUAGGAGCGAGAAUGUGGAACAUGCACAGACGUAUAAAAGUAAAUUGAUUAAUUCUAGCGCUAAAGAUGUAACUAUAGAAUCUUUUUAUGAUGAACUUGGGUUAGAAACCAGUAAGAAGGUAUCAAAUGGAGAUGCAAGUAAAAAUAAAGAUGCAAGCAAAAAUAAAGAUGCAAGUAAAAAUAAAGAUGCAAGUAAAUAUAAAGAUGCAAGUAAAAAUAAAGAUGCAAGUAAAUAUAAAGAUGCAAGUAAAUAUAAAGAUGCAAGUAAAAAUAAAGAUACAGAUAAAGAUAAAGACACAAGCAAAAAUAAGGAUGCAAGUAAAUAUAAAGAUGCAAGUAAAAAUAAAGAUACAGAUAAAGAUAAAGACACAAGCAAAAAUAAGGAUGCAAGAAAUAAUAAAGGUGCAAGCAAGAAUAAAGAUGCAAGCAAAAACAAAGAUGCAGGAAAUAAUAAAAGUAUUAGGAGUAACAAUUAUUUUAGACUAAGAGAAAUAUAUUUGAAGGAAGAAGAAGAAUUACUAAAUUUUCCAAACGACAGUGAUCAUAUGAAGGUGGAUAAACAUUUCAAGGGCGAAAUAUUCGAUGAUUCCAUGGAAAAUGUUAAAUUAGGAAUCAAUGAGAGAAAAAGAAUUAAAAAAAGAAAAGAAAAAAAAAAAGCUAAAAGAAUCAAAAACAGGGGUUAUAUCUAUGAAGUGGAAGAUCAUCUUGAUAAUAUAACUCUCCUCAACAUUUACGAAGAUAGCAUAGCUUUAUACAAUUAUAUAUUCAAUUUAGAUGUGCAGAAUUAUCUAAUUAAUAGGAGGUGUGACAAUGCUACGGCCGUUCCCAGGGUCUCCACACAUCGCCUUCUGUUGUCCAGCAGGAAAAAUGAAACGGGAAAUGCCCAAAGUACAAAUGAUAAGAAGCAAAUUCGGGAGAAUCAACAUGAGAAUAAUCUGCACAAUAGUACAUAUGAAACGAAGAAAACGAGAGAAAACCUAAAUGGAUGCACCAAAGAUGAAGUGAAAAAAUUCAACAUUGUAAAAGAAACGGAAUCUACUUCUCCCCAACUGGAGGAGAAACCAACGUACCAACUUGUAUCGGCAGAAAAGGAGAAAAAUCGGUGGGAAAUUCACGAUAAUGACAGCGGUUACCAUUAUGACAGUAAAUGCAACUACAACUGCGACGACAAUUGCGACCAUAAUGGGGAAAGGAAGAAAAACCAAAAAAAAGAGAACGAAAUUGAAGACGUGGUUCGUAAAGCAGAAGGAGGAAGAAAAACAUCACCUCAGGAUAUUUUUGGGGAGCAUGUGCACCUAAGAGACCAAGGAGGAAAGGAAUCCAACGUUAAUAUAAAACGUGACAAAAUUCUGCAUGCUGCUUCACUAGACAGUCCCACGAACAUGAGCAUGAGCAUGAACAAAUCUAGUAAAGUAAAAAUUUUCAAUCCAAAUAUUCGAGAAAGAUUAAUGAAAACAUGCAAUCGUUCAUUUGUUUUAAACAGAAAUGAAAACACACCACUUUUCGAUAAUGAAUUCAGGAAAGGAACAAUUCAAAGUUACGUCAAAUAUUUCUUUUAUAUUUGCACUCUAGACUUUUUGCCGAGCAUAAAAUUCGAAACCUAUUACGAACAAAGGGACGAAAAGGCACAGAAUCGAAAUUAUAAUGAUGGAAUAUCAAACAGUGAAAUUUUUUCGAAUGGGAAAAAGACCAUGGUAUUACCUAAGAGGACUAGUUGGGAUGUGCCUCAAAAAAGGACAGCACCAUACCAAUCACUCUUAUGUGCCAUGGAAAAAAAGGAUCCAUUUAUGGGAAACAUUUUAAGCAUUAACACCAAGUACUAUCUUGACACAAUAACCAACAGUUGCUAUAUCAGCAGUGUCAACGCAGAAGAUUGCAGCAGUGCAAAACAAAGCGAUUCCUUAGAGAAGGGACCCAGUUUGUUAAUCAGUAGGAGAUUGUUAGGUCUACCCAUAGAGGAGAACAAUGAUCCGUUAAGGAAUAGAGUUAGCGAGGUGAGCUGCGUCGGAGAUAGCGAUGAGGACUUCGACAGGGACUUUGAUGGGGACUUCGACAACAACUUCGACAACAACUUCGACAACAACUUCGACAACAACUUCGACAACAACUUCGAGAGGAAUGGGACCCGAGUUAAGGACUCAUUAAGGGACCAUACGCCCGCAGAGGAGAGAGAAAAAAGGGCCAAAAUGGACCAAAUGGACCAAUUGGAAGAAGAAGAUGAAGAAGAAAGGGAAAAAAAAAAAAAAAAGGCAGAAAAAAAAACAGAAAAGAAAAACAAAAAUAAAAGUAAACACACAUAUCUAAAUAAUUUGUCCAAGAGUUACCUCUAUUUAAUCAAGCGAAUAAAUUUAUUUAGCGAAAAUAGCGAGCAAGAAGAUGUAGUGUAUGAAAAAAUAAAUAAAGCCUUUAAUGACUUGUAUAACAUAUUCAUAUUUUACAUAUUUGCACAUAAUUUAAGCCCAUGUUGUAUAUGCAGUAUAAAAUUUCAUUUCGUAUUCAUAUCGGUUGAUGUGUUAGAAAUUAUGCUAACUGGGCAUUUAAUAAAAAUAAAAAAUAAUAAUUCAAUAAACUUGGAACUAAGCAAUAUGAACAAAUCAAUGCAAGAAAAUUUGCUAAAGCAUUUUUUUAAUUAUUUAGAAAAUUACUAUAUUGAAAAGUGGGAGUUGUUUUUUAAUUAUCGAAAUUUAUUUCUCCCUCCAAAAGGACACAUGAUAGGAAUGAACCCCAAUUACCAUUGUGGUUUUAAGCAAACAUAUGGAAGAGCACCAAUCGGAUUUCCCAUCACUAAGCGAACAAGUGUAAAGAGGAAAAAAGGAAUCUGGAAAUUUUUCUUGGACAAAAUUUUAAACUUACGAUUUGGUUUCACGCGCAAAGAGAGAGGAGGAACCAAGUCUAUCGGGACGACGAAAAAUACAAUACAGGAAAAUAAUUCGAAGGACAGAGAGAAGGAACUGGAGAAGGAGAAAGAAAAACGGGAACACAAAGUGAACAAAUUAAGCUUAUUUUUAAAAAAGACAGAAAAAAAAAAUAACAAAUCACCCGACAUGUAUAAUUUAUGCGACACCUUAUUCCUUUUUAAUGAAUUAAAAAAUUACAUCCUUUUAGAAAACAGAAAACAUUUGUUUGACUCUUUCACAGAACAAAAAUUUUCCUCUAUAAUCAUAACCCCAUUGAAUGUACUCCCAAAUAUUAUAAUAAAAAAAUACUUCGGGGUUAUAUCAUUACAUAUUGUUAAAGAAAAUGUGAAUUUAAAACAGUUUGAUAUUUUCUACCAGAGUAUAAUAUCGGACAUUCUCUUCAUAGCGAAGUCCCAUAUAAAGGCCAUUGGUGCCAAUUUAAUUUCUUCAUUCAAGAUUACCAAUUUGUUUAUGCGCGAGGAAAAAUCCCACGCUUACGCCCUGAUCAGCAUUUGUGGAGAUGUCGCAAAAAUUUGA